AGAGGAGAUUAAGAAAAUAGACAAACAGCUUUCUCACAGCUCACUGGGGACUGAGCACUCUUCCAUGAAAUGGGUCAGAUCUAUGAGGCUUCACUUUCUCUUCAAGAGACAGACCCAUCACAUCAACAUCAACCUCAACAGCAACAGCAACAGUUACAGUAUUUACCCAAACUCUGUGUUGAACUGUUGCUUGAUGGAUUUCCCCUUGAGCUGGUAGAUGGAGAUGCAUCCAACAUACCUCUCAGAUGGGUGAGUGCUGUUCUCUCUCAGCUCAAUGUCUUGGUGUCUUCAAAGAACAAGAUACGAGUUGUCACAGUUCUUGGAGUUCAGAGCACAGGAAAGUCCACUCUCCUUAAUACCAUGUUUGGAGUGCAGUUUGCAGUCAGCAGUGGUCGAUGCACUCGAGGUGCUUUCAUGUUGCUCAUCAGAAUCAAUGAAGACGCUAAGAAACUUCUCAAAUGUGACUUCAUGGUGAUCAUUGACACUGAGGGCUUAAAGUCCCCAGAGCUGGCACAGCUGGACAACAGUUAUGAGCAUGACAAUGAGCUUGCAACACUUGUUGUAGGGCUGAGUGAUGUCACCAUUAUUAAUAUUUCAAUGGAGAAUUUAGUAGAAAUGAAGGACAUCCUCCAAAUAGUUGUGCAUGCUUUUCACAGGAUGAAGGAGGUGGGUAAAAAGCCUAAAUGUCAGUUUGUUCACCAGAACGUGUCGGAUGUUUCCGCCCAUGAGAAGAACUUACGAGACAGGAAACUGCUCUUGCAACAGCUGAAUGAGAUGACCCAGGCAGCAGCAAAAAUGGAACGGAAAGAGGAGAACAAGAGCUUCACUGAUGUGAUGGAGUACUGUCCAGACACGGGGAACUGGUACAUACCUGGACUCUGGAAUGGAAACCCACCAAUGGCACCAGUCAAUGCAGGAUACAGUGAGGCUGUAUAUGAGCUCAAGAAGAACAUCAUCAAGCUACUGGGAGAUUGUCAGUCAUCUACCAAUAACAUUGAUGAGUUUGAAGAGUGGGUGAAGAGCCUGUGGAAUGCAGUGAAGCAUGAAAACUUCAUCUUCAGUUUCAGAAACAGCCUGGUCGCUGAUGCAUACAUGAAGCUCUGCACAGAAUACAACAAAUGGGAAUGGGAAUGUAAAAAGGAAAUGUAUACCUGGGUGACAAAUACAGAAACGAGAAUUUCCAAUUUCGGUACAGUUGCAGAUAACUCUCAGGUAUCCAACAUGAGCGAUUUUCUCACUACAGUGAACCCUCAUUUAUUGCGGGGGUUACGUUCCAAAAAGAACCCGCGAUAGGCGAAAUCCGUGAAGUAGAAACCUUUAUUUUUUUACAGUUAUUAUACAAUGAAAUACAGUGAACCCUCAUUUAUUGCGGGGGUUACGUUCCAAAAAGAACCCGCGAUAGGUGAAAUCUGUGAAGUAGUCAGCUUUAUUUUUUUUUUUUUUUACAAUUAUUAUACAAUACAAUACAAUACUAUGGAAUGGAAACCAACGAUCAAAACCUGUUU